AGUGUGAGAUUUAAUUGAAACAUGGCUGGGCGGUUUUUGUGUUUCCCCCUGAGGACUGGCGCUUUUUUCAUGGUUUUUGCAACCACCAUGUUAGGCGUUGGGUGUUUCUGGGCGGGUUCGGAGCAGGCCAGCUUACUGAAUAACGAAAUGGUGGUGAAAAAGGCCUAUUUUCCGUUAACGAUUGGUCUCACUUUAAUAAUAAGCGCGUUUUUUCUUCUACAUGGCACACUUAAAGUUAAGCCUCACUGGAUUUUUUCCUAUCUCGUAUUAAGCUCCACGUGUAUCUUUAUUUUAACUGUUAUUGUUUUAGUUAUCGCGCCAACUGCUCUGUGUGUGUUUGCAGUUUUGUGGUACGGGCAAUUUUGUGUGAACAGCUUUUAUAAGUUGGUUGUGGACGCUAAAGAGUUUUUCGGUGAAGUGGUUGCCGCUUUUGAUGGAGAUAUUACCAUUGUUCACAUUGUUUAAUAUAUUUUUACAAAGUUAAGUAGUAAGUGAUUAAGAAAAAAAAAACUGAGUAUGAGAAGGCGCCGGUCCGGAACUUUGUGUAUAGUUUCAAAAUCUCUGACGCUGAAAUAACGCCAGGGGAAGAUGUGGCUCGAAUUUAAAUAUUCAUAAUUGGUGAUG